CGGAGCCUGUAGGAAAUACGUGUUUCGGCUUCUUGUACGUGUCAUCAUCCCCUCUCCGAACUUCUGUGCAACAAAGUUAUUUGCUUUGCUAACUGCUCAAAUUGUGCCGAACUGGAUGAUAAACAGAACUUAUUUCUUGGUGGAUCGUCGAGCCUGUCAGUCUGUUUGGAGUCUGACCGAGAGCUUAAUGAGGUGAUACUGUCUGUUGAUUGAAUGGAAUGCUAAUGUGCUGAAUUACGCGAGAAGAAAGUAUUCUUGUCAUGGCAUACCCGAACUUGGAAAACAAUCAGUACUGGUCGCAACCUAACCCUGGUCAAGUUAGCUAUGACCUCAACUUUAGUGAUACGGACUUCUCACAAUCAGCGCAACAAGGUCUUGACUUCCAGAGCUUUUCGACACCGAACGACAACUAUGGACUGCCGCCUACAUCUGCAUCAACCUAUGGAGGAUACAAUGAACCGGACUCAUUUAUGAACCCUGAAACCACCAAGAGUGGCGACGAGUUUGAUGAUGAGCCUCCACUUAUGGAAGAACUUGGCAUUGACCCCGAUAGAAUUAUUGCAAAGACUUUAGCUGUUCUUAAUCCGUUUCAUGGACAAGCUGUCACUGAUGACGCUAAUUUCCUUCUGCAGGAUGCAGACUUGGCUGGCCCUGUUCUGUUUUGUUUGCUACUUGGAGCUUGCCUUCUCCUUUCCGGCGGCAAAGUGCCAUUUGGUUAUAUUUAUGGUCUUGCCAUGAUAUCAUGUAUUGUAAUGUAUGGUCUCUUAAAUUUAAUGACUACUAAUGUUAGUAUUUCCUUAUCAUCAGUAGCAUCAGUUCUUGGAUAUUGUCUACUACCUGUUGUAGGUCUCUCUGGUCUAGGUAUCUUCCUUCCCUUGACAGGAAUAUUUGGUCUGAUUUCAGGGCUUGUCAUUGUGUUUUGGUGUGCACUUUCAGCAUCUCGUUUGUUUGUAACCAUGUCAAGUGAUCCUCAACAACGUCCUUUGGUAGCAUAUCCUUGUUGCCUGCUUUAUGGAGUCUUUGCUUUAAUUGUGAUCUUUUAAGUAGAUCGUCGUGCUUACUGUCAAGGUGUCUUUCAAUUUUUCUUAUUAUUUGGUAAAGAUUUGAACUAUUUAUGGUUUCUUCAAAAUGAAAAAUUUACCUUUGUUUCACCCAUUUACAACGGUUACUGCAAAAACACUGUUUUCUUGGUUAAAAAUAUUUUGAAUAAAUCUUUUUACACAGAAAUGAAAUGAAA